UCCGAAGGAGCAAGGAGCCAUCAGCUUAGAUCUCUGCCCUUUCCAGUACUCAGGAUGGCUGGCAAUUUGGGGACAGUGACCUGGACCCUGUUCCUGCUCCUCCUCUCCUCUGAAUGGGUAGAGCCACAGGCCUGCACGUUCCCAUGCCAGUGUCCCUCCCARCAUCUGGAGUGCCCUGCCGGUACCAGCCACAUCUGGGAUGCCUGUGGCUGCUGCAAGGUGUGUGCCCAGCAGCUGGGUGAGCUCUGCUCCCUGCACAGGCCCUGUGACCACCACAAGGGACUCUACUGUGACUUCUCCAAAAUCCACCGAGGCAGCGGAAUCUGCUCAGCUCAUGAGGGUGCCACAUGUGACUUGCUGGGCAAGAUCUACCUCAAUGGGGAGAGCUUUCAGCCCACGUGCAAGCUGCAGUGCAUCUGCAUGGACGGGGCCAUCGGCUGCAUCCCGCUCUGCUCCGAUGAUGUGCGCCUGCCGUCCCCCAAGUGCCCCAACCCACGCAGGGUGAAAUUCCACAACAAGUGCUGUGAGGAGUGGCUGUGUGAGGAGGGCAGCAAGGAGAAGCGCUUUGGAAUGGCCGUGGCGGUUUUCAGGGAGGAUCCAGGUCACAAGCCAGAGCUGAACAGCCUGCAGGAAAACUGCCUGGUGCAGACCACAGAGUGGAGUGCAUGUUCCCGGAGCUGUGGAAUGGGCAUCUCCACCCGUGUGACCAACGACAACCCCCAGUGCCGCCUGGAGAAAGAGACACGGCUCUGCAUAGUCCGGCCCUGCAACUUCUCUGUGGAGAAAACCAAGAAGGGGAAGAAGUGUGUGCGGACCCCAAAGCCACGCCAGAGGCUCCACUUUGAGUUUUCAGGGUGCACCAGCACUCACUCCUACCGGCCCCGGUUCUGUGGCAGCUGCUCCGACGGGCGCUGCUGCACCCCGUUCCUCACCAGCACCAUAGACGUGGAGUUUUGCUGCCCUGAGGGGGACUUCUUCCAGAGGAAGAUGAUGUUCAUCAAGAUGUGCUCCUGCCACUAUGACUGCCCUCGAGACAAUGACAUCUUCCUGGCCACAUAUCAUCGUCGGAUGAUCGGAGACCACAUCAAGACCGAGCAGAAAUAGCCCUGUCCUGCCAGAUCUGAGGUGUCCAGGAGGGCUCUGCAGUACUUUCAUGGCUGUGUUCYAGGACAAUGCAGCCUCUUCCCCCUCAGCAGCACCAUUCACACCAGUGGUACCAGCAGUUUUUCCCAACAAGCUGAGGAGGAAGAGCCCCAGCUGCCUCAGCCCCCUGACCCCCACCCAUGGUAGUGCAAAGGUCAGUGGAGGAACCAAAACCAGGCUUGAGGUGCAAACUUGAUCUGUAUUCCCACUGGUCAGAGGGGAGAGUGGAUCAAAGUGAUGUGAUGUCAGCCCAGACCACAGCUCCUGAUUCAAACUCUAGGAGUUCUUCCAGCAGGAACUGGGUUGGGCCAGGCUGCCAGACCAAGGUGUUCCCUGCAGGUACCACUCUGGACAGCUUUUAGUGCCUUGAUGAGUAUUUUGYAGAACCAUGGAGUGGUUUGGGUUGGAAAKGACUUUAAAGCUCAUCUUGUUUCAACCCUCUGCAAUGKGCAGGGACAACUUCCAACAGACCAGGUUGCUUCAAGCUCUGUCCAACCAGGCCUYGGASACUUCCAGGGAUGRGGCAGCCACAGCUGCUCUGGGCACCCUGUGCCAGGGCCUCACUGCCCUCACAGGGAGGAAUUUCUCCCUAARCUUGUCAGAAAUGGCUCUGGGGUGGGAGGGGGACUGGACCCCACCAGCUCACACAUGCACAGUGAGGCUACAGCUAUUUCAACUCUGGAAUUUUUUCUCUGGAUAUUUGUAAGAAGGAGAAAYGCUAUUCAGCUCUGGUAUCCCUGGAGAGUUUAAGGCACUGGCAAGAGAAAUUCUCCUAUUUGUAAAUGGAGCAGAUCCCUUCUGCAGUUACUGAGGCAGUGCCAUGGAGAGCUGUUGGCACUGGAGUCUCCAGCAGUGGGUUUCCCUCCUGGCCACAGUCUCUCUGCCAGUAAGGGCACCCCAUUGCCASUCCAUAGCUCCAGGAAAGACCACCAGUGCCAGUGGUGUGUCCAGAAGUACCUUGGCAGCUCUGUGGGACUGCUGAGGUCUUGUGAGGUGUGGAAAAAUCUUCUGAUUUUUUAGCAGAAACGUCCAGGUACAGCACCUGAUUCUGUUUCUUAAAUCAUCCCUGUUUACCACCACUGGAAUUCAUGAAGAAUUCCUGUUCCAGCCAGGCAGGAGCAGCAGCCCCAAGGUUUCACCUCACCAUAUCUUCSUCCCCCAUAUCAGAGCCUGAUGCCAAGGGACAGUCCCAGCUGCUGCCCUGAAUCUCCAGACUGCUGACAGACCAGCUCAGGGUGCACAUCCCAUCCCAGCCCCUCUUCUUUCUGUCUCAGCCUGYGACAGCUUGUGAGCCUUCAGCCUCAUGUAAUCGAUUUGAACUGUAAAUAGUUUAUCUGCUGUUUCUGUUUUUAAGACCUUUGUACAGUCUCAGUAUCCCAUUGGCACAGCGCUGCUCAUGCCAUUUCCCCCUGCUCAGCUUCUCUSCUGCCGUUCAUCAGCUGCUGAGCCAAAAACCAUGCUGAGGUUGCACUUUACUCAGCACUAAUAAAUAUUUCUUUAUUUUUUAUA